UGCUCUAGCCUUGAGAAAAUCAAAAUCAGAAACACAAAAUAAAAGCAUUGCAUUGAAUGAUUGAAUGAAUUGAAAGUUUAAAAGCAGUUAGCAGAAGCAGAGUGAAAAGUGAAUUAUUUACCAAAUAUUCUACAAUUUUGGUACGGCAUAAUAAUAUCUAAGUGUUGGUUAGAAUUAUUGAUAUCUACAAUAAGUUUUAGUUUAAAUUUUAGUACUCUACAGGAAUAACCUAUCGUAAUUUAUUUGAAUUACUCAGCAGUCGAAGCUAAAACUAUAAACUGUUGGAUCUACAACUACAAUGGGCGUCAAAGAUAAGAUGAUUGGUGAGAAAUCUGAAAUGUUGGACAUGGCUGUGAGAAUUUGCCGAGGAUACCUCCAUGGCCCAUGGAAGAAAAUCACCAAAAAUGAUAUUGUUCUGAAAAGAAUUAGUGGUGGACUGAGUAACUACCUGUACCACGUGAAGCUGCAGAAGGAAAACGCUGAGCCGAGUCAGGUGUUGCUUCGGUUCUACGGGCAGACUCACGGCGAGCGAGCCAUUGAGAGUCUCAUCACUGACUCGGUCAUUUUCACGCUGCUGUCCGAAAGAAGAUUGGGCCCGAGGUUGCACGGCAUCUUUCCUGGUGGCCGGAUUGAGGAGUAUAUUCCGGCUCGUCCAUUGAAGACAUUUGAGCUGAGUGACAGCGUGCUGAGUCCAAUGAUAGCUGAGAAAAUGGCUGCCGUCCAUGCAAUGAAUGUUCCAAUCAAUAAAGAGCCCUGCUGGCUGUGGAACACCAUGGACAGGUGGCUACAGACCAUUGAAGAAUCUCGCCAGCUUGAUAUAUUUUUCAAUGUUGUUUACAGAAACCAUCUGCACAAGAUCCGUUCGCCUGUGCUGUUCUGUCACAACGACAUGCAAGAAGGAAACAUUCUGCUGAAGCUGACAGAAGCCGAGCAGCACAACGCUAAUGAAGUGAAUGGCAAUUGCACGGUGGCCGAAGACAACAACAACAAUAAUUGCGACAAAGAUAUUGUUCUGAUUGAUUUCGAGUACUGUUCGUACAAUUACCGUGCUUUCGAUCUGGCCAACCAUUUCAUUGAGUGGACCUACGACUAUACUAAGGAAGAGCAUCCUAAUUUCAGUAUUCAUCGCGAUCAUUAUCCAACACAUGAGCAGAUGAGAUAUCACGAUAUCAUCCUCUCUUACCAACCCGCCUACUCUUUAAUCCCGGGGCGCGCGCGCACGCGUGCAACUCCUGUGCGCGUGCGUGCGUCUGCCACGCCAAAUAAAUCGAACACCGGUUCGAAACGGUUUGUUAAAAAAGCAAGAGUCGUUCUUUGCUCAAACCCUAAUCUUAUCCAAGCUGACUCAUCUGAGGUGCUUGUUAAGAAAAAUAAGCAACCGUUGAUGGUGUUUAUCAACCGCUACUUGGCCUGUGUUGAAAGUAAGACGUCUCAUGGUGGCGUAGCAAGUGAGCUCAACACGCCCGAACACUUGCUCAUGGAAGUGAAACAUUUCUCGUUGGCCUCGCAUCUGUUCUGGACACUCUGGGGCAUUGUCAACGCCAUGACCUCGCAGAUACCGUUCGGAUACUGCGAGUACGCAGCUGAACGUUUGGACUGCUACUUUGUGCUGAAAUCAAAGCUGAUGAAAAACGAGUCCGGCGUGAAAAGAAAGGUGAUAGAUUUGGACUGAUCAGUGAGCGCUGCCCGGUAUGGCGACAAGCCAAACCUUUCUAACAACAGAAAUGUCGAAAAACAAGUAACUUGAAAUGGCCGGGUGGGCGCUGUGCUGCUGAGUACGGUCUGCGGUCUAGGUACGGUCUGCGGUCUGAGUACGGUCUGCGGUCUAAGUACGGUCUGCGGUCUAAGUACGGUCUGCGGUCUAAGUACGGUCUGCGGUCUGAGUACGGUCUGCGGUCUGAGUACGGUCUGCGGUCUAAGUACGGUCUGCGGUCUGAGUACGGUCUGCGGUCCUAGUACGGUCUGGGUCCAAGUACGGACUGCGGUCGACUCCGACUGACGAAUCGGUCCUCUGACCUUCGGGUCGCCAAAACCCCGCUAGCGCAUUCGGUCCAUGAGAGUUGCUAGCCAAUUUAUUGAUAAAAAGUGUGACCAAAAAGAAAAUGCUACGUAAUCUUGAAAUUUUUAGAACCAUCUAUGAAAAUCUUACAGAAAUUAUUUAUGCACACUUUUUUGUAUUGGCCAAGAUUGUGUCAAUAUAAAUUUUAUCUUGAUGACUCAUAAACUAAAUACUGGGGAAACCCCAUGAUAUCACAAAAACCAAAUUCAUAAAACUAUAAUAUAUUCUAGCUCAAUGAAAUACAGGGGGUAACCCUAAUAUCAAAGAGAACAAAUCGAUAAAACGUUGAUUUUAGUUCAAAAUCACACAAAAAGAUAGAUAAUUUAUUAGUGUAGCUUAUUAGAUACAAUUUUCUGGUUAUUGAAUGUCUCCUUAUGAAUUUCGCUUGAAUGAAUCUCAAAGAGGAAAAUCGGAAUUACUGCAGCAUUAUCUUCCGUAUCUUACCAACAUUUUAUAUCCUUGACGUAAACAUAAUUUCCAUAACUCUGAUGAUCUUUGUUCGAUUCAUUCAAUUUUUCAAUUCAAGAUUAUUUUUUCUAAGCUGUAAGAAGUACGAUCUUAUAUUUGAAUAAUGGUAGAAUUACAGAGAAAUCAUACAUUUAAAUGACAGGGUUUGCGAUGACUGGUUAUAUAUGACUGCUAUGAUUUAUUUCACUUAUUGUAGCCUAAUUAAAGACUGCAGUAUUUUCACUUUAUAGCAUCUACUAUUUCCACGAUGACUGUCAUUUGUACUUAAAUUGUAAAAACUAUUUACAUAUAUAUUAGACUGAUCUACUUACUAGUCAUAAAUAUUGUUCUUAUGCAUUUUAAUGAUUAUCAAGUACAGUACUUCGCUAAAAUUUCAUCCUUCUCAGUCUUUUUAAAUAGUUGAUUUUUAUGAAACUUACUUCUCUCAUGGAAACACUUGUUUGUUCUGAAUUAGCGGAUAGUUGUUACUUAACAUCUGUAAUAUUAAUAAUUGAGAGAUUCCAACGCAGAAAGCAUUAUCACAACUUAAGUUUUGGUUGCUUGAUUCGCUAUAAUAUAAUGCUUUCUCUGAACAUCUUCUUCAAAAUCGUGAAUAUUCUCUUGUAAACUCUGUACUUACUACUAUACUUAUUUGUACAUAGUUUAAUGAAUGUUCCUUUAAUUUAAACUUCCUAUAAGUUUUGUAACGUGUUGUAAAGAUCUAUUUAUAUGUAUUUUUAAUAAAAAUCGAUUUUUAUACAGAGAAUUA